AGCUCUCCUGAUAUAUGUAUAAAGGUCAACAGCAUGAUAGUGAGUUAUAUUGUUUAACUGUUGUAAAUUAUUAACCAACAACAGCAGUUUAUGAAACUAUUUAGCACCCGCCUUGUCCUCUCUCUUUUCAUAAUCAUAUGAACUGGAAAACAAAGUGGAUACACUUAAACGUAAGGUAAGCCACAUUAUUUAAGAGACUCAAACAGAAAUAUAUCUUGUCUGUCAGUGAUGGACCACUUCAAAUCAGUGUUUGCGAAUCAACUAGAUGAGACAUUUAAACAGAAACUUCACAUUUUGGAUGACUUGAAAAGAAAGAUAAACACACUGAACUUAGAUUUUAACAGAAAGCAUCAGACACUCACUGGUCAAGUAAAGAAACUUAAUAUCAUUACUGAUGAACUGGAAUCCACACACAAAAACACCACAGUGGGCAGUUUGACAGGAGCAGCAAUGGGAGCAGCUGGAGGAAUCGCAUCCAUAGUGGGUCUGGCUUUGGCCCCGGUCACAUUAGGUGUUUCUUUAACUCUUACUGCUAUUGGUAGUGUUGUUGGAGUAGCUGGAGGAGCAACAGGUACAAUAUGCAACAUCAUUAACGACACCCAGCAGAAACACCUACGUGAGACUAUUGAGAAGAUCACCAGUGAUUUCCAGAACACCAUCAAUGCAAUGUUUGAGAAUGUGAGUACAAUUAUUAAUAGCACAGAAGACAUUCAACAGCUGGUGCAACAGGAAACGAAUCAUUAUAUACCAACAAGGAUGAUCCAGGCAGGUGUGGAUAAAGUGAGACGCGUUUCAGCCCUUUUAGGACUCCCUAAAGCUGAAGUGCCCCCAAAGAGUCAAGGGACUAAGCAGUUUGAUAGCAUCUUUAGUCCAACAAACAUCUUUGUAAAAGGCUUCCAGUUCUGUUCUGGUGCUGUCAAAAAAAUUAGAUCAUCUUCAGAGACUGUCAAAACUUUUCAUUUGACUUCAAAGGCUGCCAAAACUGCUCGUUUGUCUUCAGAAGCUGUCAAAACUGCUCGUUUGUCUUCAGGAGUCGCCAAAACUGCUCGUUUGUCUUCAGAAGCUUUCAAAACUGCUCGUUUGUCUUCAGGAGUCGCCAAAACUGCUCGUUUGUCUUCAGAAGCUGUCAAAACUGCUCGUUUGUCUUCAGGAGUCGCCAAAACUGCUCGCUUGUCUUCAGAUGCCACCAAAACCACCCGUUUGUCUUCAGAAGUUGCCAAAACCACACGUUUGUCUUCAGGGGCUGUUAAAUCGGUCCGUGUGUCUGCACAGACUGCAAAAGCUGCCCGUUCAGCAGCGGCGGUCAGUGGUGUAAUCUCAGCUCUGUUCCUUGUUCUUGAUGUUGUUUGUGUUGUUCAAAAUUCAAUGGAGCUCUCUGAAAUGAAUCAAUCAGCAGACAAAAGAAAUGCAAAAAAUAUCAGAUCAAACACUUUGAAAUUCAUUCAUCAGAUGAGAGAAACAGCUGCUCAUUUUCAGAAGACUCUAAAUGAAAUUAACAAGGCUAGAAACAAUGCUAUUGAAGAGUUUAAUAAAGAGCUGAAAAACAGCACUUCUUUCCUGCUUAGGCAAAAGCAAAGAGUCAGCUAUAAAGGUCUAAUUUUAAUGACAAUUAUUUUGAUCAGCAUUGUUCUUGUUUUUUUAAUUCUGUAGUUCUUUGGAGUUCUUCACAAAUAAACUGCUUGAUCUGA